GAUACGGUUCCCACCAUCGGAACCGCGUAGACACCAUCAAGCCACCCGGCGACACCAACCAGGAAACUUGUUCGGUAAUCAUCCGGUACCAUGGAGGACGAAUUCAAAGAUGAUGCGUGGCAUAGCAGCAGCUGCAAGAUUAGCCCAAAGAGAGAAGAGGAGGAGAUGGAAGUUCAUGAAGAGCCGCCAGAAAACCCGAAAGCGGUGCGGUACGAUUGUCUGAUGCGAUUCGCAACCACCGAUUACAUCAUGGAGCCUGGCAUUUUUACUCAGCUGAAGCGCUACUUCCAGGCAGGUGGCACACCCGAACAGGUCAUAAAUCAGCUGUCCGCCAACUACACAUCGGUGGCACAAAUGGCUAACCUGCUUGCCGAGUGGCUUAUCAUGGCGGGCGUACGCGUAACGGACGUACAAGCGAUGGUGGAAAACCACCUGAAAGAUAUGAUCCUUAAAACGUUCGACCCGAAAAAAGCGGACAAAAUUUUUACCGAGGAAGGUGAAACGCCCGGCUGGUUGACGGAGAUGAUCGAGCACCAUACGUGGCGGUCGCUGAUUUACCGGCUGGCGGAAGAAUACCCCGAGUGUCUUAUGCUGAACUUCACCAUUAAACUGAUCUCGGAUGCAGGCUUUCAAAGCGAGAUCACCUCCAUCUCGACCGCAGCGCAACAGAUUGAGGUGUUCUCGCGCGUGCUAAAGACCGCCAUUGCCAAGUUUCUCAGCCAUCCGGAAGAUUGGCAGAGUGCGAUCGAAGAGUGCGCCAAAAUGGUGUGCCACGGGCAGCACACGUACGUUUACAGCCAAGUCCUGAUCCAGGUGCUGUCGCAGGAGUCGAAGGGUGGCUUCAUAAUGAAGCGACUCUCACAGGAGAUCACCAAAUAUGCCCUUAAAAACCACCACAACGUGACGCAUAUCACGAUGGCGCUUAACGGAUCGUCCCGCCAUCCGCAGGCGUGUGAAGCCCUUACCUCAAUGCUCUCACGCAACACGCUCAAUCCGGCCGACAUUACGGUGCUGUACCGGAAUUACUCCUCACCCGAGCCACCGCCAAUCGAUCUGAUACGCAACCCGCAGUUUCUCGAGCUGCUCGUCGACUCGCUGUUCAAGGUGGGCAUGAAGAUAAACCAGGAGCACAAAUCGAAGUACAUCUACCUGCUUGGUUACGCGGCGAGCGUGUGCGAGACACCGGCCAAGAAGGGCCAAGCGAAGGGCCACCGGACGACGAACAAAGAGGAGCUGAAGGCGACGAUACACGCGAUCGAGAAGGUGCACGCGAUCUGCAACGUUAGCCGGGGCUCUAGUGAGCUGAUUGCCGACAUAUCCACACUGUACAGCUGCAUCCGGUUUCCGGUGGUGGGCGUCGGCGUGAUCCGUUGGGUUGAGAACACCGUCACGGAGCCGUCCUACUUUAAGCUGUGCACCGAGAGUUGCCCGCUGCAUCUGGCGCUGUUGGAUGAGGUGGCGUGCGUACACGCGUCCCUGCACGACCAGAUCCUGCGGCUGUUGGUGCGGUUGUUUGAGUCGAAACAGGACGAGCUGGAGAUACUGGUGCAGCUUGAGCUGAAGAAGAUGCUACUCGAUCGCAUGGUAAACCUACUCGCACGUGGCUGUGUCGUGCCGGUGGUGAAGUACAUCAGCCAGUGUUGCAGUCGCGGUGACACGGACAUCUCACUUAUCCGGUACUUUGUGACGGAGGUGCUGGAAACGGUCACGCAUCCGUACUCGAGCGAGUUUGUCCAGCUGUUUCUGCCGAUGGUCGAAAACGAGGAGAUCACUGGUUCGAUGCGGGGUGAGGGCGAUAAUGAUCCGGUUUCGGAGUUUAUCGUACACUGUAAGGCACAUUACACGACGCUGUAG